CUCUUCAGCUGAGCUGGGAGAACCUAGGAUGCCAUCCAAAGAGCCCUAUGAGGCUCUCAAGGAGGACAAAUCUGUGGUGCAAAGAGCCAAACGAGAGGCCAAUCAAGAGGAGAUUUUGGCAGCCGCUCUUGGGAUGAGGAUGGGGCCCGAGAAGCCCACGGCUACCUUCUGGCAACCGCUGAAACUCUUCGCCUAUUCGCAGCUCACCUCGCUGGUCCGGAGAGCCUCGCUGAAGGAAACGGAGCGGGUGGCCAUAUCGGAGAAAGUCCACAACUUCAAGGUGCAUACUUUCCGUGGACCUCACUGGUGCGAGCAUUGCGCCAGCUUCAUGUGGGGGCUGAUGGCUCAGGGGGUCAAGUGUACAGACUGCGGCGUGAACGUGCACAAACAAUGUUCACCUCUGGUUCCCGACAACUGCAAGCCAAGUCUGAGACACAUCCGGAAAGUGUACAGCUGCGACCUCACCACCUUGGUGAACGCUCAUAACACGGCACGGCCCAUGGUGGUGGACAUGUGCAUACGGGAAAUCGAGUCAAGAGGAUUAAAGUCGGAAGGUCUCUACAGGAUAUCGGGAUUCAGCGACUCCGUGGAAGAAGUCAAGAUGGCGUUUGAUAAAGCCGGCGAGAAAACAGACAUCUCUGUGAAAACAUACGAAGACAUAAACAUCAUCACGGGCGCUCUGAAGCUCUACCUGCGCGAUUUGCCCGUCCCCGUCAUCUCGUACAACGCCUACCCAAGGUUCAUCGAGGCCGCAAAGCUCACGGACCCGGACAAGAAGCUCGAAGCGUUCCGAGAGGCGCUGGCUAUGCUGCCCGCAUCGCACCAUGAAACUCUCAAGUAUCUCAUGGCGCAUUUAAAAAGGGUAGCCCAACAUGAGAAAAGCAACCUUAUGAGCGCCGAGAACCUGGCCAUUGUUUUCGGACCCACAUUGAUGCGCACUCCGGAUCUCGACGCCAUGAGCGCUCUCAAUGACAUCCGUUACCAGAGGCAGGUGGUGGAGGCGCUCAUUAAAAAUGUCGACGCUCUCUUCUGAGUGCAAGGACAAAAUGUUGCGGGCAGGCCCUCAAACCUGCUUUUUGUUCAGAAAAAGAUUUUUUUUUUUUUUUUAAAGCCCUUUGUACUUUCUGCCUCCCCAUUUCUGUCGGGGGAUUUAUGCAUCAAGCUGACAUAGCAGCAUGCAGCCGUACUUUGUAGUCGUAUCUCAGCAUGUGGAAGGAUUGUUUCACUGUGAUUUUGUUUUUUCUGUGCUGUGAUAGCCUUAGAGGGGGGGUACUUUUUUCAACGUUUUUUUAUUUUUUUUUAUUACCUCUUUCUUGAAUGAAUCGGAAUUUUCCCUGUCAAUGUGUACAAAAAGGUGCAUUUGCCUGACUUUUAUUGUACUGUAAAUGGCAUUUUUUGUGAAUUAAUUUUGUACUGUCAUUUGUACACAACUUGUGCAUGGUCAGUUUAGUUUAUUAAACUGAUAAAACAAU